ACCUCCCGGAAUUGGAAACCGGCACCCCCGUCCGUACCGACGUAGCCUUCGAGAGCCCGACCACGUGUCGCAUCCUCUAUAUCUUCCCAUCACCUAUAUCGUUACCCUACUUGUUUCCACCGGCAUCGUUGAUGCAGCCCUGACAACAAACGCCAUGGCCUCAUCCUCACGAUGCUCUCGACGCAAUCGACGAGACAGACUCAGCAUCAGCGUUCUCCCUGACCAGCUGUGCGACCCCGAACCUCGAUUCCCAUACCUCCACUGGCUCUUCGGCGAAAACAGCGAAGAAGACGUCUUCUCGCGAUUAGCAGACUCCUCCUCCAGCGACACAGAAGACAAUACAGACAGCCACACCGCCAACACCAUCAUCAUGAAAGAAGUCGCCGCCUGGCUCGCACUCCGCGAAAACGACGAAUUCUGGGUCUCGCGCCGCACAAACCCUCAAGAAACCCUCCCUACUGUAAGCCAACUCCUCGCGCGCCUCAAACACUCCGACUGCCCCCCACCAAACUCUCUCCCCGGCACCGAAGCCUUCAAUGCCCUCAUCCACGCCAUCGCCCUCCAGCUCCUCGCGUCCUGCUAUACCCCCCUCCCGUCCAGCAGCUCAACGCACCUUCCCCUCUUUCAACAGAAGCCGCGCAAGACGCCCGUCAGCGCGCUGCGCGCCCACGCUGCGUCCCGGUUCUCGCCCGCCGCAGGGCACCAUGCGCGCGCGCCCUCGGAGACGGCGGCGUGGCCGGGGCUGUGUACGGGACCCGGUCCUGAAGACGCGUUGGCGGAGGCGGUGAGUCGGCGGCGGCGCUCGGCGCGGAGCAGCGCGUUCGUCCCCGGCGUGACGGCGAGUGGUUGGACGGACGGCGGUCAGGAUGUGCGAAGGGGGAGUAUGGUGGCUGCUGGUGAGGGCUGGGAAGUGCGGAGUCGCAGCGGAGUGGUUUCGUGGCCGAUGAGGUCUGGCACGUGGAUUUUGAGGGUCUUGUGCUGCAGGAAGGAAGAGGGAGGUUCCUCUGUAGACUAGUUAGAGUGGCGAGUAUGAGCAAGUCGAUGACGCUGGGGUCACCGAGCGCGAAGGGACCUAUCAUGACAUGUGUGAUGGUCUGGAAAAGUGAUGCAAUCCAGAACUUCGUCGGACCUCACUCGUGUAGACAUCAAAGUAGCAAACUGGUGCUUAC